AUGCCCUGCAUAAAUGAAGGAGAACCAAUAACACCACGAAUCAAAUUUAAAACAAUUGAAAAAUUUAGAGAUCAAAAAUAUAUUUCAGAACAAGCUUAUUUAGUACCUGAAAACAAUGGAUGUGCUGUUUAUUUAAGUUAUGAAUUAAAUAGAACACUGGAAAAUGUUUUUAACAAAUAUUCAACCAGUGGGUAUAUGGGGGUUAAUGGAUUUAUUAAAAUGUGUUAUGACUACAACUUACUGCCUAAAUAUAAAAACAAAGAUACAUUAUAUUACAUAUUUAAAUCAUCAAAAUCUUCAAGCUCAAGAAAUAUAGAAUAUAAGCAUUUUUUUCAAAUACUCCAAAGGUUGAGCGCGUAUUUAUUUCGCAAAUUAAUUAUGACAGAACAGGAAAAGCUCAAUGUUCUAAUUAAACAUUUAACUUCUUUAAAAAAUAUAAGAGAGAAUGUUAAUCAUCAAAAGUACAAUGUGGGAGUGCAAGUGUCAGUGAAAAAAGAGAGUAGAGGUAACAACACAGUUUGUGAUAUGGUAGAUGAAUGUUGCGGUACUGUUAUAGAAACAAAAAGUGUAGGAACUCUUUCCCACCUUACAGGAAUAAAAGAUGAUAUAAGUAUUGGGAUGGAUAAGAAAAAUAAUAAGCUAGAUAUAAACAAGGAUAAUAUUAACUCGUUUACAUUACAAUCAGAAAAAUCAGAAAAAUUAGAAAUAAAAGAAAGAAUUAAUGAAAUAGAAAAAAAAUACUCUGAUACAGAAGACAUUAAUAAAAAAUUAAAGGAGGAAAUAUAUAAUGCCUUAAAAAUUAUAGAAGAAAAAAAUGUAGAAAUUGAAGAUAUUAACAAAAAUAAAUCAGUACAAUUAGAAAUUGAAAAAGAAAAAGUGAGUGAGUUAAAAAAUGAAAUACAAAAAUUACAAAAUGAAAAGCAUGAUUUUAAUUUGAAGGUGACAGAAAGAAAUUCCCUUUUGGAGAGUAAAAAGAGCAAGCACUUAACUAAGGGAUUACUUAUUUUGCCGGGUGAAGAAGAGGCAGAGUUAAUGAAAGUUUUUUCCAUAUACAGCAAAUAUUGCGGAGAAAUUGUAGAGUACGUAAUGAGCAAAACACUGUGUGCUAAUUUUUUAGCUACAUAUUAUUUACUAAAAAAGGAUGAAAAAAAUAGAACCAAUGGGAACAUAGAUAUAAGGACUUCGGAAAAAUUAUUUAAUGAAGUACUGUACAAAAAGGCAAUCCUAGAGAAGACUGAUGAAAGCGGCGACGUUCUGACAUACUUUUACUUUAAGCUCUUUCUAAGUGCAGUAGGAAAUUAUUUGUACCCUGAGCUCACCGAAAGAGAAAGCUUUUUAGAAAUUGUUCUGAACUAUGUAUUGUUUCUGAAAAAGAAUGAAGAUUUCAUAAGGUGGAAGGAAGAAAAUACAAAAGUGAAGACCAAUAAUAAUAAAAUGAUUGUAGCAUGUUCAAAUGAGUUAACAAUGUUUGAGGAUGACAUUGUAGGAGGAUAUACAAGCAGUGAGAAAAGUGUUACUUGUAACAGUGUAAAUAAAAAAGGGAAAAUUAAGCUUGAUAUGAUUACUACUGAAAAGCGGAGAAGUGGUAUUAGCAAAAGUGGUUAUAGCAAUAGUGAUAACAACAAUGAAAACUUAAUUGUAGAAAAAUUACAAAUUGGCAGUUUCAUCACAGAUCAAUCAUUUGAAUUUAUUGAGUCAAGUGAAACCAAAAAAAAAAGUAAAAAAUUAAAGGAAAAGAAAACAAAAAAUAAAAUGGAAAAAAUUAACUAUAAUAAUAAUAAUAAUGGAAAUAAUAGUAAAUACAAUUAUGAUAUCAACUGUUUGAAAAAGGAAGGAGAACACAAAGGAAUAGGUGGUUAUGCUUCAUUUAACGAAAAUUAUAAAUCUAUCGAAUCUUAUCGCUCUAAUGAUUUUCAUUUUUCUUCAAGGAAUGAAUACAGAAUAAAACCAUUAAAAUUGAAUCACAAUUUUUUGACCACUCCUAAAAAAGUUCAUAGAAAUUCUACAACUGCUAAUACAAAAAAAAAUAAAAUUUUUCAAAAUUUUUUUCCUCUGUAUGAUAUUGAAGGAGAGUUAUGGCAAAUGAAAUCCGAGAAAACAAAAAAGUUUGUACCCCAUUUUGGAAAUGAGUAA